AUGGAGAGAGCAGAGUUUGUUUUCCAGAUCUUUUUUGAUACAAUGGAACUUAAUAAUAGAAUAGAGGCAGAUUUCAUUAUUAUGUAUAGAUUAUUUAUGCUUCCAGCAGUGGAAGUUUUUCGUUCAAGAUCUCCUCCUGGAACUGUAAAUAUAUCAGAAGGUAAGAGAAUGAUGCUGAAAAUCCCACAAGCUGAAAUCAUUGAAGCAUGCCCCAUAGAAAUAACAGUACGAGCACCUCGUCCAGGUCAUACUUCUGUUCGUUUAGCACAAGAUAGAAUUAAACUUAGCGCCCAAUUUGAAAAGGCACUUCAAAAUCCAAACAGAUACGUGCAAGCACAAUAUAUUGGUAAUUUCAAGGGAAAACGCGAUGAUGAUUUUGGCUCAAUCAAUUUCACAGUAAGUGUUUGCUAUACAUCAGCAUCAAUGAGAGACUAUCAAGGUCCACCAUUAUUUAUGACUCAAGGAUCUAAUUUUAACGAAAAGAAUGCAAACACUAAAACAAAAUCUAGAUUGACUUCGAUGAAUUCAAAGAGAAGCCCAUUAAUUCCUGAAAUACCCGAAACAAGAACACGAUCUAUCUUCUACUUCGAUAAAAAAGAUUUACUUGAAGAAAAUCGUAUAUUAGCUGAAGAAAUAGAGCAUUUAACUAACUUAGUUCAAAGACUUCAUGAUGUUGUAGAUCAAUACGAAGUUCCAAAGAAGGCUCAAACAGCAAGAUCUCAACAAAAACGACAGAAGACUCAGUACAAUACUACAGGAGGCAGAACUGACUUUAUCUAUCAUCCUCCAGGCAUUAAUAAGUCAAGAGGAGACUUUAGAUGA